ACGCUCUCCCGCUCCUUCCAUCCCUCCCUGCAUCGCCUUCGUGACCGAACGCUCGCGAUACUGUUGCAGUUGGAGCUAGCUGGAAAGGCAACGAUGGGACUGCGGCGUACAGAGACCACAGAAACUCCAUCUAUCUCCUCCUUCUACACCGCAUGUAACCGAAACCAUUGAGGAAGGGUCCAAGCUUCGUCUGAGCUUCCACAAGUUUGGUUGCUGGGGACCCUUGCCUAGUUCUGAGAACAGCAGAUAUGAACUUUCGCUUCCAAAACCUCCUCGGUGCUCCGUAUCGUGGCGGCAAUGCGGUGGUCUUGGACGACAGCCUUCUAUCUCCAGUGGGCAACCGCGUUUCCGUUACCGAUCUCGUUAAGUCCCAUGCUCUGACCCUUCCGUUCGAGGCCACGUCCAACAUCUCUCGCAUCGCUGUCUCUCCUGACGGCAAAUUCCUCCUCACUGUAGACGACUCGUCUCGCGCCUUGUUUAUUAACCUGCGCCGCCGCGUCGUUCUGCAUCAUAUCACGUUCAAGAAGCGCGUCACUGCACUCCGCUUUAGCCCGGAUGGCUCCCGCAUUGCCGUUGGCCUUGGCAAGCUCUUGCAGAUCUGGCGAUCUCCCGGUUUCCGUAAGGAGUUCUUCCCUUUCAAGCUCGUUCGCACAUUCGCAGAUUGCGCCGCCUCUAUUACGUCGCUCGACUGGAGUCCCGACUCUGAUUAUAUUCUCGUUGGAUCAAAAGAUUUGGCGGUUCGGUUGUUCUUCCUGAAGAAAACAAAGGUUAGGACUAGGCCUUUCCUGUUUCUAGGGCACAGGGAGCCCGUUGUUGGAGCUUUCUUCAGUAUAGAGAAGAAGAAUUCUAGAGUAUGCAGAGUUUAUACUAUAUCAAGGGACGGGGCAAUUUUCACCUGGAAUUUAGAAGGAAGUAGUCAUUCUGAAGAUAAAUCUGGAGGUAGCAUUUCCGAUCAUACGGAACAAAGGAAUUUAGAAGGACAGUUGGAUGAAAAUGACAAGGCCAUCGAGGAUCGUAAAAGGAAAAGGGAGAGUUUGGAUGAUGUUGAUGCAGAUACCUUUGGAAUUCCUUUGCAUAAAAUGAAAUGGGAGCUAUUGAAGAAGGAUUUCUUCAUGCAAGCACCCGCAAGAUUAACAACGUGCGAUUACCAUCGUGAGCUUGAUAUGGUGGUGGUUGGCUUUUCCAACGGAGUUUUUGGUCUGUAUCAAAUGCCAGAUUUUGUCUGCAUUCACUUACUCUCUAUAUCAAGGGAGAAGAUCACAACCGCAGUCUUUAACAGGCUUGGCAACUGGUUAACAUUUGGCUGUGCAAAGCUUGGGCAGCUGCUUGUCUGGGAAUGGCGCUCAGAGAGUUAUAUUCUGAAGCAACAGGGACAUUAUUUUGAUGUCAAUUGCGUAGCAUACUCACCUGACUCACAAAUGUUGGCCACUGGAGCUGAUGAUAACAAAGUCAAGGUUUGGACAGCUUCAUCAGGCUUCUGUUUCAUAACAUUCUCUGAACACACUAAUGCAGUCACUGCAGUAAAUUUCAUGGCUAAUAAUCAUUGUCUUUUGAGCGCCUCUCUUGAUGGAACAGUACGAGCUUGGGAUUUGUUUCGUUAUAGAAACUUUAGAAUAUUCACCACUCCUUCACCCAGACAAUUCGUUUCUUUGGCGGUGGAUCAAAGUGGAGAAAUAAUUUGUGCUGGGACUGUUGAUUCAUUUGAGAUUUUUGUUUGGUCAAUGAAGACCGGUCGUUUGCUUGAUAUUCUUAGCGGUCAUCAAGGGCCUGUGCAUGGUUUAAUGUUCUCACCUACAAAUGCAAUUCUCGCCUCAUCUUCGUGGGACAAAACUGUUCGACUUUGGGACGUAUUUGAAGGAAAGGGAGCAGUCGAGACUUUUCAACAUAAUCACGACGUUCUCACAGUUGUUUUUCGUCCAGAUGGAAAGCAAGUUGCUUGUAGCACACUGGAUGGUCAAAUAAUUUUCUGGGAUUCUUUAGAUGGAAUACUCAUGUACACAAUUGAAGGUAAAAGGGACAUUGCUGGUGGACGUCUUAUGACAGAUAGGAGAUCUGCUGCCAAUUCAACUUCAGGAAAAUAUUUCACUACAUUAUGCUAUUCUGCUGAUGGAAGCUAUAUUUUAGCAGGUGGAAGCAGCAAGUAUAUUUGCAUGUAUGAUGUUGCAGAACAGGUUUUGUUAAGGAGGUUUCAAAUAACUCACAAUCUCUCUUUGGACGGAGUUCUAGACUUUUUGAAUUCUAAAAGGAUGACAGAUGCUGGCCCGUUGGAUUUAAUUGAUGAUGAAAAUAGUGAUGUGGAUGUGGGCAUUGAUAAACAAAGGCGAGAAAAUUUAGGCCAAGGCUUGCCUGGAUCAGUUACUAACCUUGGGCGUCCUAUCAUUCGAACAAAAUGUUUGAAAAUUUCUCCAACUGGAAGGAGUUGGGCUGCUGCUACUACCGAGGGUGUGCUGAUUUACUCUAUUGAUGAAUCAUUCAUUUUUUAUCCAACAGAUCUUGAUAUUGACGUAACUCCUGAGGCUGUAGAUUCCGCUCUUUCAGAGGCUCUGCAUCAGAGGGCAUUGUUGAUUAGUCUUCGUUUAAAUGAAGGCUCCCUAAUUAAGAAAUGCAUAUUUUUCGUGAAGACAGCCGAUAUACCGGCCAUUGCUUCAUCCAUACCUGUCAAAUACUUGCAGAGACUAAUGGAAGUAUUUUCUGAUCUUCUAGAAAACUGCCCCCAUAUGGAAUUUAUUCUUCAGUGGUGCCAGGAGCUCUUCAAGAUUCAUGGAAGUUUCAUUCGGCAAAAUUUCAGAAGCUUGCUUCCUGCUCUAAGAUCAUUACAGAAAUCAAUCACAAAAUUGCAUCAGGAUAUGAUGGAUGUUUGUUCCUCCAAUGAAUACUUGCUUCAAUAUCUAUGUUCCACUGGCAGCAAAAUCAAUUAGCUCUCUCAUGUGCUUAAUGCGUUCUGCUAGUAAAGGAACUUGGCACAUAAACACCAAAGUUUUGCUUAAAUCGGCUGUUGUCUUUAUAACUUACUCCAUGGUGCAUAGUUCUGAGAAUUGCAUCCAGAGUUCUCUUUGGCAGCUAUAAUGUUCUGAUUUGGAAAACUCUUCGGAGAACCGAAUUCUAAAUUUGUUAUUUAAAGACUUUAUGAUGUAAAUUUUUGAAUGAUGAGCGACAUCACAGCCAUUCAAUUCCAUACAGUUCAUUUCACAAUUUUGAAUCAUUUGUAAUGUAGAUUGCAGACUGUAACAACAGCAAAUGUUAGUUUUAAAAAAACACCAAAAUUGUACCAUCCUUAGCAUUAGAUUUAGAGGAUCUCGCAUAUAGUUGUUCAAGAUUACUCUAUUUUAUAGUCUAACUUUAAAU